UCUUACUCAGGACCCACAUCCGUAGGUGUGUGUUGAAAUAUGGAGAAUAGUCUCGGAUGUGUUUGGGUACCAAAGCUGGCUUUUCUGUUCUUCGGGUUUACGCUGCUCAGCCCGCAUCUUCGAGUCGCCGGUUCCCAGGUCAAGGGGUUUACAUCACUGAGGUUCUUGACGGAGCCUUCAGAUGCUGUCACUAUGCGUGGAAGCAACGUGCUCUUGAACUGCGCAGCCGAGUCGGAUCAAGGAGCUCCAGUUAUUAAAUGGAAGAAAGAUGCAGUCUUCUUAAACCUGGCAGUAGAUGAAAGGAGACAGCAGUUGGCCAAUGGCUCACUCUUGGUACAAAACAUAGUCCAUUCAAGGCACCACAAGCCAGAUGAAGGUCUCUACCAGUGUGAAGCAUCUUUAGAAGGCAUUGGAGCUAUCAUCAGUCGGACAGCUAAGGUCAUGGUAGCAGGACCGCUGAGGUUUCUUUCCCAGACGGAAUCUGUCACGGCUUUUGCAGGAGACACGGUUUUAUUGAAGUGUGAAGUUGUUGGAGAGCCCAUGCCCAUGGUACACUGGCAGAGAAACGAGGAGGACUUGUUCCUGAGCCCAGCUGACGCACGGGUUGCUGUCCUGCCCUCUGGAGCUUUACAGAUUAGCAGAAUUCAGCCGGGGGACAGUGGAAUCUAUAGAUGCCUGGCAAAAAAUCCAGCGAGUUCAAGAAUCGGAAAUGACGCAGAAGUCAGGGUUUUGGCAGAUCCGGGUUUGCACAGGCAACAGGUUUUCCUUCAGCGACCGUCGAACGUGGUGGCCGUGGAGGGGAAGGACGCCGUCCUGGAGUGCUGCGUUUCCGGAUACCCCCAUCCCACCUUCACGUGGCUGCGCGGAGACGAAGUGCUCCCCGUCAGGUCCAGAAAGUAUUCUUUACUGGCUGGCAGUAACUUACUCAUUUCUAAUGUGACUGAUGACGAUUCUGGGACAUACACUUGUGUCGUCUCCUACAAAAAUGAGAACAGCAGUGGUUCUGCAGAGCUGUCGGUGAUGGUUCCACCAUGGUUUUUAAUUCGCCCUUCAAAUCUUUAUGCCUAUGAGAGUAUGGAUAUUGAGUUUGAAUGUGCUGUAUCCGGUAAGCCAGUUCCGACGGUGGAGUGGAUCAAGAACGGCGAAGUGGUCAUUCCUAGUGACUAUUUUCAGAUAGUGGGUGGCAGCAACUUGCGGAUUCUGGGCUUGGUAAAGUCAGAUGAAGGUUUUUAUCAGUGUGUAGCUGAAAACGAUGCUGGAAACGCACAGACCAGCGCACAGCUAAUCAUCCCGGAGCCUGCCGUCCCGAGCUCCAGUGUCCUCCCCUCUGCCCCCCGAGAUGUCGUCCCUGUCUUGGUCUCCAGUCGGUUUGUCCGUCUCAGCUGGCGCCCACCCGCCGAUGCGAGAGGGAGCGUCCAGGCGUACACGGUCUACUUCUCCAGGGAAGGUGUCAACAGGGAGCGGGCGCUCAACACGUCUCAGUCUGGGAUGCUUCAGCUGACGGUGGGAAACCUGAAGCCGGAGGAGACCUACACCUUCCGCGUGGUGGCCUACAACGAGUGGGGGCCCGGAGAGAGCUCACAGCCCGUCAAGGUUGCCACACAGCCCGAGCUGCAAGUUCCAGGGCCAGUAGAAAACCUGCGGGCUGUAUCUACCUCACCUACCUCGAUCCUCAUUUCCUGGGAUCCCCCUGCCUAUGCAAAUGGUCCGAUUCAAGGUUACCGGCUCUUCUGCACCGAGACCGCAACUGGAAAAGAGCAGAAUAUCGAGGUCGACGGACUCUCCUACAGGCUGGAAGGGCUGAAGAAAUUCACGGAAUACACUGUGCGCUUCCUGGCGUACAACCGCUACGGCCCCGGUGUGUCCACCGAAGAGAUCGCGGUCACGACGCUUUCUGACGUACCGAGCGCGAUGCCUCAGAACGUCUCCUUGGAAGUGGUUAAUUCGAGGAGCAUUAAAGUGAGCUGGUUGCCUCCACCACCAGGUACACAAAAUGGAUUUAUUACGGGCUAUAAAAUCCGACAUAGAAAGACUACCCGCAGGGGCGAGAUUGAAACACUGGAGCCAAACAACCUCUGGUACUUGUUCACAGGACUUGAGAAAGGAAGCCAGUACAGUUUCCAGGUUGCUGCCAUGACAGUGAACGGGACUGGACCCCCCUCGGACUGGUACACAGCAGAGACGCCAGAGAAUGAUCUUGACGAAUCUCAGGUUCCUGACCAGCCAAGCUCUCUUCAUGUCAGGCCAUUGACAACAAGUAUCGUCAUGAGUUGGACUCCGCCGCUGAACCCAAACAUUGUUGUCCGUGGGUACAUCAUCGGCUACGGCGUAGGCAGUCCAUAUGCUGAGACUGUGCGGGUGGACAGUAAACAGCGUUAUUAUUCCAUUGAAAAUUUGGAGCCGAGUUCCCAUUACGUAAUUUCCUUAAAGGCCUUUAACAACGCAGGCGAGGGAGUGCCCCUGUAUGAAAGCGCGACCACCAGGUCCAUGACAGACCCCAUUGAUCCAUUAGAAGUUGAUUUUUAUCCUUUGCUUGAUGAUUUCCCUACCUCAGUCCCAGAUAUCUCCACCCCCAUGCUCCCACCAGUAGGUGUCCAGGCUGUUGCACUUACCCAUGAUGCAGUGAGGGUCAUCUGGGCAGACAACUCUGUCCCGAAGAACCAAAAGACUACUGAGGUUCGCUUUUACACUGUCCGAUGGAGAACCAGCUAUUCUACAAGUGCUAAAUACAAGUCGGCGGAUACGACAGCUUUGAGUCACACCGUGAUAGGCCUUAAGCCAAACACCAUGUACGAGUUCUCCGUCAUGGUGACCAAAGGUCGGCGGUCGAGCACGUGGAGCAUGACCGCACACGCCACAACCUAUGAAGCAGCUCCAACCUCUGCACCCAAGGAUUUGACAGUCAUUACACGGGAGGGGAAGCCCCGAGCUGUCAUUGUCAGCUGGCAGCCACCGUUAGAAGCCAAUGGAAAAAUUACUGCGUACAUCCUCUUCUAUACUUUGGACAAGAACACCCCCAUUGAUGACUGGAUUAUGGAGUCCAUCAGCGGUGACCGACUUACCCACCAAAUCAUGGACCUCAACCUAGACACCAUUUACUACUUCCGAAUCCAGGCUCGCAACGCCAAAGGAGUGGGGCCUCUCUCUGAUCCGAUUUUCUUCCGGACGCUGAAAGUCGAGCACCCUGACAAAAUGGCUAAUGACCAAGGUCGCCAUGGAGAUGGGUCCUACUGGCCAGUGGAUACGAACCUGAUCGACAGAAGCAGUCUGAAUGAACCUCCCAUAGGGCAGAUGCACCCUCCGCAUGGCAGCGUCACACCUCAGAAGAACAGCAACCUGCUUGUCAUCAUCGUCGUCACCGUCGGGGUCAUUACGGUGGUGGUCGUGGUGAUCGUCGCUGUCAUCUGCACCAGGCGUUCCUCGGCGCAGCAGAGGAAGAAACGUGCCACCCACAGUGCUGGUAAAAGAAAGGGCAGUCAGAAGGAUUUGAGGCCUCCAGAUCUCUGGAUACACCAUGAAGAGAUGGAGAUGAAGAACAUCGAGAAGCCGGCGGGCUCCGACACUGCAGGAAGAGAGUCCCCCAUACAGAGCUGCCAGGACAUCACCCCCGUCAGUCACAGCCAGUCCGAGACGCAGCUGGGCAGCAAGAGCGCCCCGCAGUCCGGUCCUGAGACAGAGGACGCUGGAAGUAGCAUGUCCACGUUGGAGCGCUCACUUGCCGCCCGCAGAGCCACCCGUGCCAAGCUCAUGAUUCCCAUGGAUUCACAGCCAAACAACCCUCCUGUGGUCAGUGCCAUUCCAGUGCCAACACUAGAAAGUGCCCAGUACCCCGGGAUCCUGCCAUCUCCCACCUGUGGAUACCCACACCCUCAGUUCACUCUUCGGCCUGUGCCAUUCCCAACGCUCUCUGUCGACAGGACCUUUGGAACAGGAAGAACUGUAAACGAAGGCCCGGCAUCCCAGCAGCCGUCCUUGCUACCACCGGCGCAGCCUGAACACUCAAGCAACGAGGAUGCCCCAAGCAGAACGAUCCCCACGGCCUGCGUCCGCCCCACGCACCCCCUCCGCAGCUUUGCCAACCCCUUGCUACCUCCACCCAUGAGUGCAAUAGAACCGAAAGUCCCUUACACACCGCUUCUGUCUCAAACGGGGCCUAACCUUCCCAAGGCUCAGGUUAAAACAGCGUCGCUUGGAUUGGCAGGAAAGGCAAGAUCACCGUUGCUACCGGUGUCGGUGCCCACAGCCCCGGAGGUCUCCGAGGAGGGCCACAAGCAGACGGAGGACCCCGCUAAUGUUUAUGAACAGGAUGAUCUGAGUGAACAGAUGGCCAGUUUGGAGGGGCUAAUGAAGCAACUCAAUGCUAUCACAGGCUCAGCCUUCUAACAGCUUUUGAGGAAUAGGUAAUUAUCCAAGAGCAUUGCAGCAUACCAGUAUUUCAUGCAUCCCCCUCCCCACCUCCGCGACCCCAUGAAAUCAUCUUCUUCUCGGCACCAUUCCUUCAGUGCAAGGAAGAUUCCUGAAAAGUCCUGAAAAGAAUAAUAAAGAGCAAGAAAAAGAAAAGAAGAAGAAUGUUACGUAGCUGUAGAUCUGGCAUCUGAAGUGAUGAAAAUGUGUCCUUUGCCAACGCAAAUGACAUCAUCACAGUGGAAUUGUAGUUGAUGCCGCUGGAUUGCUCAUUUUGAUCUACUAGUCUUCGUAGAGCUCAAGUUGUCAUGACUAACGCACUUGUUUUACUUCGUAGAGGUUUGUAGCUCUUUGUAUAGAUCUUAGUCUUACCUCAUGCAAGUACGUUUUUCAGCAUAGACCAUGCCAUAAUGAGACAGUGUUGUAGUUCACUCUUUUUGUUUUCUAUGUAUUACUGCUGAAUACAGAAACACCCGUAGCAAGUAGCCGUACCACCACACCAAAAAUCUGGAAAUUUUCCCGACAGCACAAAACGAACAGACCAGUUACUCAUUUCUCUUGUAGUUUCAGCCACUCAUCUUGCACACGUGGUGGGUAUUAGCAAGUUGCUGUAAAAUUCAGCCAUUUUAGCAAGCGUUUGUAAAUCCUCCCAUAGUUAAUGUUUUAGGUAUGGCAAACAGAGAACCAGGAACGUAAAAAAAAUCUGCAUUGGUGGCAUGCUGCCAGCCAGCCACUGUAUACUUACGAAAAGCGGACAUAACAUGCAAUCUUCUCUGACACACGGUAAUUAUGUGCUUAAGCUUGUAAUAAAACAUUUCCGCAUAUGGGUGGCCUUUGUGCCAGACCGCCCUGUGAUGACAUUUGAAAGCUCUGCUAGGGCCACCUUUAGCACUAGCGAAGACAAAAAAAAAUGCAGCAGAAGUUUCCCCGACCUUUUCUUUGCCUUUCUGCCUCCUGCAAGAUGGCUCAGCUCCAGGAACUCUGCGACUCAGCCGCCAACUGCCCCUUCGCUCGGCGGAGACAGCUGAAAUGGGAAGGUGACCCGAAAUUCAGGUGGAGAGGGUAGUGGUGGCUAAUGCAGCGUGCUUCCCACAGGUGAAACAGGUGAAACAGAAAGUUCUUCUUUUUCUCCAGAAAGAAGAACUGUGGAGGCCCGGUAAAUAGUGGACAGACAAGUUAGGGGGGCUCUUUCCCAACGUAAUAUUUUUGGUUUGCUAUUGACAGUAGUCCGGGAGGAAAAGCAAGCAAACAGUGGUUGACGGCAGGACGCUGUGAGCCUGCGUGAAGCUUUUCAGUGCUUCCUUCUCCCUCUUGUCCUAGUCCUUUCGCUGCAUAUUACAGUGUUUAUUGACAACUAUAACUGGUUGAAUUGACUAAAUUUUGUGUGCAUACAUUUUAUUGCUAAAUUUUCAGCUGCAUUCAGAGUUAAUCCCUGUUUAUGCAGCUGAAUCACCAAAAGGGAGCUAAUUUGCGUAUUUAUCAGUUAGGAGGCUGCAAAACCCAAUAAGAGAGUUUCAGAUGAAUUAUUCCAUUCAGCUCUGCCUUUGAUUUCAAGCUUGAGUGGGUCAUAAUUUUAAAAGAGCAUGGAAAGGAUAGGAUCUUUACAACCUAAUAGCUCCUUUUAUUAGGUGGGUAAUUAUAUGUGAAUCUCCGAAUAAAAUAUUUUGAGUAAAAUGGCACUGCAACAGAAGUAAUAAUUCAGAUUAUUUUCCACGGCCCUGUACUGGAAAGAAAAUCAGAUGUCAAGGAGGAAUUCAAAUGCUUCAUUAGGAACUCCAAUGUGUUUGUGAAAAUGCUCCUUAAAAAUGCCUUGUUAUUCAAUUUACUAAGAUUUUAAUGAAAUAUUUCUUGAGAGUGAGGAAAUCUUGUUUGUAUGGGAGGCUGAGCUUUCUAGCGCUGAGAGAUUAGUAACUAAAAACCACCACGGUAGAUAAAAUGGAUACAUCUUUCAAGAUGAAAUCCCAACUCGGAUGUUAGACCCUAAAAAAAAUCACUACCUACAUUUUUACUGGAAGAAAGCUGGCUUAAUGCAGCUUUUGAAUAGCUCCUCUUCCAUAUUUGCGGGGAUUGACAUUGUUUGAAAUAGGAACAUAAGGUCAAAUCUGGCUCUCGCUUAUCUUUUAGAGAAUAUUGGUUAC